AUGCAAUCGCAUCAUCACCUUCCAAGAAACACCAAUCAAAGCGCCUUGCAUCGCUCGACGUUUUCCGGGGAGUAACGGUCGCGACGAUGAUACUCGUUGACCACGCCGGCGGUAUAUUUCCGGCGAUCAAUCACUCUCCAUGGAAUGGUAUCACUCUUGCAGAUUUCGUCUUUCCAUUCUUCUUGUUUAUUGUCGGAGUUUCACUUGCAUUAGCCUACAAGAAACCGGAGCGCCGAUCAACUGCAACAAAGAAGGCAAUACUCCGGGCAUUGAAGCUAUCAUUAUUAGGGUUACUUCUCCAAGGAGGUUACUUUCAUAGGGUUUUCGAUCUUACCUAUGGAGUCGACUUAGCAAAGAUUAGGUGGAUGGGUAUAUUACAACGGAUUUCAAUUGGUUAUUUGGUUGCUGCAUUAUGUGAGAUAUGGUUAAAGGGUAAUGAAGAAGAUAUGGAUUCUAAGUCAUCUUUAUGGUUAAGAUAUCGUUUUCAUUGGAUUAUGGCCUUUAUGUUGAGUACAAUAUACUUGAUAUUGUUAUAUUACCUAUAUGUCCCUGAUUGGGAAUUUCAGAUUCCAAUUGAUGAAGAAGGUUCAUUGAAGACAUUCACAGUUAAGUGUGGAGUGAGAGGUGAUACUAGACCUGCUUGUAACGCCGUCGGGUUGAUCGAUCGGAAAGUAUUAGGGAUUCAACAUUUAUAUACCCGACCGGUAUAUGCUCGGACGGAGCAAUGCAGUAUUAAUUGUCCAGAUUAUGGGCCACUCCCUAGCAAUGCACCUUCAUGGUGUCAAGCUCCAUUUGAUCCAGAAGGUCUAUUAAGCUCGGUAAUGGCGAUUGUUAGUUGCUUAAUUGGACUUCAUUAUGGACAUGUUAUUGUGCAUUUUAGACAACAUAAGGAGAGGGUUUUAAAUUGGAUGAUACCUGCUUCAGUUCUAGUAGUAAUUGGGUUUAUGCUGGAGCUUUAUGGAAUGCAUUUUAAUAAGGCUCUUUACAGUUUUAGUUACAUGUGUGUAACAACCGGAGCUGCCGGAAUUUUCUUGGUCGGAACUUAUAUUCUGGUAGAUGUGUAUGGGUGGCGCCGACCAACAAUGGUGAUGGAAUGGAUGGGGAAACAUGCAUUGAUGAUUUUUAUCAUUGCAACUUGCAAUGUUGUGCCCCUUGUUCUACAAGGGUUUUAUUGGAAGAUGCCUGAGAACAACUUUUUGAGAUUAAUUGGGAUUGGAUCUUGAUUGUAUAAAUUGGUAGGUUAUUAAUUAAGCCGUUGAUCAUCGCCGUUCCGGCAUUGUCGCCGGAACUUGGUUAUUGAU